GUUUGGAUUUCGGGUGUUUCGACCAUCGCAGGAAGCAUGUCCCUGUACUUGCGCGUGAAGCGACGGAAUCAAACGUUCUUCAUCUUGGCCGAGCCCCAUGACACAUUCCUCAAGGUGAAGGAGACCCUGGCAUCGAUCCUGACCCUGAGUUCGCCCAACCAAGUGCAGCUGUGGCACACCAACAAGCAAAAGGAGCUGUUGGACGCUGCGACCGUGGCGGACCAAGAGAUCGAGAACGACGCCGUCGUUUACUUGUGUCUCAAGAAAGAGAACACGGAGGUGUGGGAAGACAUUCAAGUGGCCAAGCUGGAGCUCGACCACGACAGCAACAACAACGAUCACUCUACCAAGGAGUGAAAUCUGACACACCGACCUGUGCACCUGCCUCCAUUCAUUAGAGACCUCACGACAACAGACAUAUCCUUCCUGCCAUGAUAAUACUAUACGUUCCAUAUUAUCUC